AUGCAUUGGAGAAUAAAUUUGGAGGCCUCUCCAUACCUGAGUGAAGAUCUGUUAAUUGAAAUCCUGGCGAGAUUGCCCGUACAAUCUUUGCUCCGUCUUCGGAGCGUAUGCAAAUCAUGGAAGUCGAUGAUAGGCAGCCCCGAAUUCAGGUCCUUGCACUUAUCCACAAACCGCCACUCCUCCAAAAUCUUGCUCACCGCACACGAGCGUGGACAGAUUCGCUUCGGUACACCCAAAGAGCGGCACUUUCUGCUCAACAACGAUGAAAAUCUCCCUUCCGACCCUUCCUGCUUGACCCCUUUCGAUGUCCCCUUCCAAUACCCAGACUGGACCUCUCACCAAAUAGUCGGCUCCAUCAACGGCUUGAUAUGCAUAUCCCAGUCCCAAACCUUUUUCCCAGACCCGGACGACGACCCAGCCAACGUACCCAUUGUGCUAUGGAACCCUACCAUCCAGAGGUGCGUCUUCCUACCGGACCCCACCUUCAGUCUAGAACAUAACGUGUCCAUCGAGAUUGGGUACGCCGCCACCACGGAUGAUUACAAAAUCGUGGUAGUUAGGAAAGUAGGCGAAACUACUGCCCUAGAGUUCCACAUCUAUUCCUUGAACUCAAACGCGUGGCGCGGAGGUUUCGAGAUGUGCCCCCCCGCGGCCCGUGUGAGUAAUGAAGACCGUCGAAUAUUUCAUAGCACGGGAGCUUUCUUGGGAGGCAAGAUGCACUGGCUCGUUAGAAAUGAACAUGAGAUUGAGGGCGGUUAUUAUGAGAUGAAGGAGUGUAUGGACACCCUUUACACGUUCGAUGUGGCGGAUGAGGUUUUUGCUGAGGUGGGCUUACCUGAGGAGGUGAUGGCGCAUUACACAGUACGUUACGCAGUACCACAUGUUGCUGUAGUGGGGGACUUAUUGCAUGUGGUGCAUAUCGUUCGAAAGCAUUUGACAAUUUGGGUGAAGAUGGAGGAUGCUGGAUCUUGUGAUGUGUACUGGAAGAAAUUGUACAGAGUUGAUCAUGUGAGCGCGAUGUUUGUGUGUUUUUUGAAGAAUGGGGAGUUGCUGAUGGACAAGUACCCCACUUGCCCCACUACUGGACCGGUCGGUCAAGGCCAUGGUCCCUUAGCGGCAUAUGAUCCGAGGGAUGGGAAGUUUAAGGACUUGGAGCCCUUGUCCCUCUCUCAACAACGAGACUUUGGGAUUGUCGAUUCUAGGAAUCACCAACAGAGUCUCGUCCUCCUCGACCGAACCUGA